CCUGCGGUAUUUCCAGCGUGAAUUCUAAUGUCCUGGAAAAGAAGGAAGAUAAGUUUGACAUUCCUGCUGAUGAUGAAGUUGGUGGAAAAACCGAAGAUAGAGAAUGGAUUGUUGGCAAACAGUUAGAGGAGAAAAAUGACCGGCUUGUUGAGUUUAUUAUGAAGAGAAAUAAGGAUAGCACUUUGAAUGCGGAUGUAUUGAAGUCCUGGUUGCGACCCUGUAAACCAGUGUCAAGAGCUCUUGAUGCCUGUUUUCAACUCCCUGAACAGUACCUUGCUCGUAUACCUGAUUGUGUACAGAUGGCUGAUGAAAAUAAACUGAAGAAAAUGCUGGACUCGUUUUAUCUGAAUUUAAAGCACGAGGGAAAUGAUUUUGUCACGGAAAGUAAAACCUCGAUGAUUGAAAGGUUAGAAAGUCUAAAGGAGAAACUAGGGAGGGAGAGCAGCAUGUUCUUCGCAAACCUGGGUUGGAUAAACCUGGAGUUCUCACAGCCCAAGGUGGAGAGCAGCAUGUUCUCCGCAAACCUGGAGUUCUCACAACCAGAUGAGAAGGGCAACAUGUUCUCCACAAGCCUGGAGUUCUCAGAACCCAAGGAGGAGAGCACCAUGUUCUCCGCAAACCUAGAGUUCUCACAACCCAAGAAGGAGAGCACCAUGUUCUCCGCAAACCUGGAGUUCUCGCAACCCAAGGAGGAGAUCAACAUGUACUCCGCAAGCCUUUAUUUCGCACAGCCUACGGAGAAGAGAAGCACGUUCUCCACAAACCUGGAGUUCUCACAACCCACGGAGAUUCAGGAUAAAUUAUCCGAGAGUAAGACUGCGCUUAAUAAACCUUUGGAGAAAGAAAACUUAGAGAGCGAACCUACCAAACGCAGAAAGAAAAUUCCGGAAGAUGAAAGUUGGAAAUUAAUAGAGCAAUAUAACCAAAGUCAGAAGUUAAUAGAUCCGAGAAAGGAAAGUCGGAGACUAAUAGAUCCAAGGAACAAAGGAACCAAACCAGUGGAAGAAGAUGUUCAGUUUACAACACGUGGGCGAGCACGAGGAAAAAUACUGAAAAGUUUUCUAGAAGGACCAAAACCUCUUGGAAAGGAUAAACAUGAAAACUGAAGAAAAUUACGAUUCCUUUCUGUGACAACAAAUCCAUUUAUGAAAUUGUAUUAAAUUGUUAUGUAACUUUA